UUAUCCGCCCGCAGCUUUUUGCAACGACCUUUUGCGGGAUGGAGACCUUUUGGCUUGGAUACAUGUAGCGAAAGAGUCGAAUUGGAGGAGCCAUUGAGGACGGCAAAGAUGGCUGCGACCUCCAGAUACGGCAGCAUGAUGCUGUCCAGACUUGCUGCCCCGGCGCAGGCCCGCGCAUUUUCUACAACACUGGCUGUGCGAUUCAACGCCUCGAGACCGAAUUUCGACAAGAGAAUAAACCCUCUGAUCGGCAACUUUGUUCCUCCUACGCCAGCUCCGAAGCCUGCCGCAGCGCCAAAGGCUCAGCCCGAAACACCCACCAAGACAGCAGAGCCCAGCGCCGAGUUCACACCACCACCCCCACCUCCUCCCGCCGCCGAAUCAGAAUCACCUUCAUCCGCCGAGAAAUCACAGUCCAAAUUCCCCUACAACGCCGCCGACUCAUCCACCAGCUCCUUCAACUUCGACAUUGCCGAAAUCGUCGCCGCCCGAUCUGCCGCCUGGGGCCAGUCCCUCAACGUCGGCGACCCCCUCCAGCGGCCCAAGAUCCGCACCGAGGCCGUCACUGGCCGCACCGUCUUCAUCCAGGAUCGUCUCUCCCCGACGUCGGCGCCUACGCCUGCCGUGGCGAUUCGUGUGCUGGAGAGGAUGUGCCGGGACCAAAAGGUGCGGAACAAGUACCACUCGCAAAAGUUCCAUGAGAGAAAGGGAUUGAAGAAGAAGAGGUUGCGGAGUCAGCGGUGGAGGGCGAGGUUCAAGACGGGGUUCAAGGCUGCUGUUAGCAAGGUUAUGGAGUUGAAGAAGCAGGGCUGGUAA